AGCCCCCACCCAGCUGUGAAAGCCAGUGGUGAUGUCCGCAGAAGAGCAUCCCGGCUGGGAGGGAGGAAACGGCCUAUUCCCUCGUGGGACUUCCUCUCUCACGGGCUGUAUGCUCCAGGCCUCAAUGAGGAGCCCAAACAUGGAGACGUUCAAGCAGCAGAAGGUGGAGGACUUUUAUGACAUCGGAGAGGAGCUGGGCAGCGGCCAGUUUGCCAUUGUGAAGAAGUGCCGAGAGAAAAGCACAGGGCUGGAGUACGCGGCCAAGUUCAUAAAAAAGCGGCAGAGCCGGGCCAGCCGGCGGGGCGUGAGCCGGGAAGAAAUCGAGCGGGAGGUGAGCAUCCUGCGGCAGGUGCUGCAUCCCAACGUCAUCACGCUGCACGAUGUCUUCGAGAACCGCACCGACGUGGUGCUCAUCCUGGAGCUAGUGUCAGGAGGAGAGCUCUUUGACUUCCUGGCCCAGAAGGAGUCGCUGAGUGAGGAAGAGGCCACCAGCUUCAUCAAGCAAAUCCUGGAUGGUGUGAACUACCUUCAUGCCAAGAAAAUUGCUCACUUUGAUCUCAAGCCAGAAAACAUUAUGUUGUUAGACAAGAAUAUUCCCAUUCCACACAUCAAGCUGAUUGACUUUGGCCUGGCUCAUGAAAUAGAAGAUGGAGUUGAAUUUAAGAACAUUUUUGGGACGCCAGAAUUUGUUGCUCCAGAAAUUGUGAACUACGAGCCCCUGGGACUGGAGGCUGACAUGUGGAGCAUAGGCGUCAUCACCUACAUCCUACUAAGUGGAGCAUCUCCUUUCCUGGGAGACACGAAGCAGGAAACGCUAGCAAAUAUCACAGCCGUGAGUUAUGACUUUGACGAGGAAUUCUUCGGCCAGACCAGCGAGCUGGCCAAGGACUUCAUUCGGAAGCUUCUGGUUAAAGAGACCCGGAAACGGCUCACAAUCCAAGAGGCUCUCCGACACCCCUGGAUCACGUCCAAAGGAGAAGUCAGAGCCCAGGAACAGCAGAAGACAGAGCCCACCCAGCUGAAGACCAAGCGCCUGAGAGAGUACACCCUCAAAUGCCACUCGAGCAUGCCCCCCAAUAACACAUACGUCAACUUCGAGCGUUUCGCCCGUGUAGUAGAGGACGUGGCACAGGUCGACCAGGGCUGCCAUACCCUGGCAGGGACCCACAACACCAUCCAGGAUGACGUGGAGGCCCUAGUCUCCAUAUACAACGAGAAGGAAGCUUGGUACCGAGAGGAGAGCGAGAAUGCCCGGCACGACCUAUCCCAGCUCAAGUAUGAGUUCCGCAAAGUGGAGUCCUUGAAGAAGCUCCUUCGAGAAGACCUCCAGGCCACAGGGGCCGGCCUCGGAAGCAUGGCCAGGAAAUUGGACCAUCUUCAGACACAGUUUGAAGCUUUAAGGCAGGAGCUCUCAGCAGACCUACAGUGGAUCCAGGAACUGGCAGGCAGCUUCCAGCUGGAGGAUAAGAACACAGAUGGCCUGGGCUCCAUGUUCCACAGGGAUACCAGGGAGUCCCUAGUGGGGCUGCUCGACAGAUCAGCCGGCAAGGAAGCCUUGGCCAGCCUGAAGCCCUGAGUACCAGAAUCUAGUCCGUGAUGCAUCCCGGAGGAUUUGCAGAAGCAUGCCUCUGAGCACCCUGCCAGGAUGUCAGCUAGAAUUAGCCCUCUGGGUGUGUGUCUGUAGCAGAGCCUUCCACCCCCUUCACAAGAUCCAGAAUCAGGAAGGUGCUAGCUAGUUAUUCCUUUUGCACCUCCUCUCACCAGCCUGGAUUUCUGGAAGGGUGGCUGGCAGAGAGGCCAGGCUGUUGAAACAAUUGCGAGUCAAUACCCCUCCGCAAUGGAGGGAGGAUGGCUGGCCCUAGGGGGAUGCUCGAGAAUUGAUUUGUGAUCUUGGAUUCAUUCGCAUCUCACUUCCCACCUCUGUGCCUUAGGGACUGCAGACCUUGAGGAAUCUUUGCCUUAACUUAGGGAUAACAAUAAGCCAGUGUGCUGCUUUCCUGCUAUGGAAGGAGGGAUUUAAAAUGCAUGGAGAAAAUAUUACCUUUUACUGGCACUGACUUUUCACUUAGGAGCACUUACGUCUUUGAUGUUUAAAAGAACUCUGUGAGCAGGAAGGUGGGUGGUAGUAGCAUUGUUGUUACUAUUGUUUCCACGUAACUGUGAGGAAAUUGAUACAGAGAGGGAAAGUGACAUCCUCAAGGUCUUUCAUAGCUGGUUGAUACAGGAAGACAGACCCUCAGAUGAGGUCUAUGGGAAGCAAUAGUGAGACUUUGCUGUAAGUGUCCACCUUCACAGUAAUGUUCAGCUCCAGAGGUAAAGUUAACAACUUCAUCUAGUUCAUGUAUUCUGCCCGGUAGAGUAGAAUGCCCCAUACCUUUAGAUGAUUGUCCCAAGAAGUGGGUCCUGAAGGGUGCUGUUUGCUGUUCCCAUCCAGCCCUGUCCCUGUCUGCAGAUCAGUGUGCCAAGCAGGAGGCAAGGGGCAGCAUCUCCCCCUUCCCCCCUUUCCCCCUUCUGGCCAAAGGUCCCAACCUUGUUUUAGGAAUGAAGACCAAAAGCAAUCGACAAGAAGGUCCCUUUUCUUAUGUACUUAGGGCAUUGGGGCCCUGAAAGGGCUGAGAAACUCUGAGAGUUUAAGAUUGGGAAGCACAAGCUCAGGGGUCCCCUCUUGACCCCAAGCUUUGAGCACACCUCCCUGAGGACUGUGUGAGGUCAUCUCCCUGGAGGAGCCGGUCAGCCAGCUUAUAGGGACAGAGCGUGGUGGAGUGUGGGCCCAGCACUGGGCUAGAAGCUUGGGGGUGAGGGACCAGAUGGUAUCAUUUCAAAGUGACUUUACAGACUCACAAAACACCCUUGUCAGAUAGGCAGGAUAAGUGUUAUUCCCAAUUUGGAGAUAUGGAAACAGAGAGGUUGACUUGCCCAAGGCCACAGUCAGUGGGAACCGCCCCCGGCUCCAGGAGUUUACUCUCUGCUUCCAGAGCAGAGAUGCCCAGGGUCACCCAAGCAUCUAUUGACAAAUAAUGUUUGAGCACGUGCCAACUGCCAGUCACUUGGUUGGCACUGGGGUUACAAUGUUGAGUAAAAACAGGCUCGUCUCCUGCCUUCAUGGAGUUCACAGUCAGGUAAAGGAUUCCCACAUUAAUCAAGAACAUUCUACAAGUGCAAGACUGCAUGUGGAACACAUGCUAUGAAAGAAAUGUGCGUAGCCAGUAGUGGGGUUUGAUCUAGUUGGGGAAGGCCUCCCUGAGGUGGUGAUGCUGGAGGCGAGGUCUGGGGAGCAAAACAGGGAGAAAGAAGUUUCCUGACAACAGAGCUGUCAGGGCCAGGGCUCGGUGGUGGAGAGGGCAUGGAAGCUGGAAGGGAGAGGAUAGGGUGGGUAGAUGGUGUAGAUGUGGCUGGAGAGAAGGCAUGACCAGUAGUACUUUGCCAGAUUUAAGAGCUCUGCCUUCGUCCUAAGAGUCUUGGGGAUCCAUGAUGGAUGCCAGGCUAGUCAACAGCCUGCAGAGCUGGGUGGGGGAGGGGAUGGCCAAUAGUGGCACAGAGGGCAAGUGGUUUGGGGCGAGACAUGAGA